AUGGCACGUGACUUAUACAAGGCUUCCACCGACUGCACAUGCGCCACUGUCGGAUGGCAUGGAUUGGAAAGUGGACCGAAAUCCAAUUUCUCAAUACUGUAUGGCAAAUCAAAACAUCAAGAGCGAAUUGCUCUAGGUUGGACUGAUCUAUCUGCUUGGAUUAUGAGCUCAUUUGAAAUGUAUGUCAAUGACACUAUCGUUCCACAUGAAAUUGUGCCAGUCUUCAUCAAUGCUUCCUAUCCAAGCCAUGAUACCCUACCUGCAUUAACCCCUGAAGGAACAGGCAUGAGAAUUGCAAAAUUGCCCAUAGUUUACAGCUAG